UGGCCAUGACAUCAUCAUCAUCAUCAUCAUCAUCAUCAUCAUCACCAUCAUCAUUAUGAAGACUAAGAUUUUCUCUCCUGCCCAUAGUGGGAGCCAUGAAGAAGAAGAAGAUAGAGCCUUAUCAGGAAGAACAACAGCACCAGCACCACAAACAAGAACAAGAAGAGUUGGAAAUAUUGAAAGCAGUGGCACAAGCCUGGUACAGCCACUCAGGAAGCUCUAAACCUAUGAGUGAGUUUGAUGCACGCAGAAGAAACUUCAAAGUGAAGCCUUCAAGGUUCAAGCUAGAAGCAAUGAGGGACACAGGUUCUUCUUCUUCUUCUUCCUCUUCUUCACCUUGUUACUGGAAUUUUCAGCAGUCACUUUGGGAUUCAUAUGAACUUUGUGACAGUGUCAAGAGAAUUGAAAUGGGGUUGGAUUUAGAUAAUAACCCUUUUGGUUACUUAUGUGGUUCGAUUCGAAGCCAACAGAAUCGAAAGCCGGAGAGUAAGAAUAACCUCAGAAACCUGUUCUCUCAUUUUUCUUCUAGGCGGUUUAAUGCUACCAAGAAUGAUGAAAAUGUUAAUUAAAAGAUAUAAACUAAAAUAGUGCGCUAGUCCUUCUUCUUCAGAAAAUCUUUGAUUGUUAUGCAAGAGAAUAGCUAGUUUCAAAUUCUGGCUUAUUCUUGGUACGACAUGACGACAUGUAUUUUUAUUUUACAUGAGUUUGAUUGUGUUUGAUUUGA